CUGCAUUCUAGCUUCACAAUGCUUAUUACCUGCAUAUGGCCAAAUGUUAUUAGACCCGACUUAAACUAAAUUACAGUAACAUUUUCUUGAGAGGCGGCUCGUCGUUUCCCUUCAACAUAACAUGCUGCUGAGCUGCUCAUGAUCAAGCAUUUACAUCAAACAUUAGAGAUGAAGAAGACGUGAUUGCAGGUGCAGACAGGUGUUGUGAUCAGGAGCAGAGGACAGGACUGGACAGUGGACACCCAUGGACACCUGGAAACCCAAUCCAAGAGCCAAACCCUUUAUCCCCCGCCAGCAGCGCAGCCUCUACCUAACAUGGAAAUACAGACUCACCAACAAAAGAACAAUGCGACGAAUCUGCCAGGCCAGUGCUGUCCUGUUUCUACUGAUCACAGUGAUUGUGAAUAUCAAACUCAUUCUUGACACAAGGAGAGUUGCCAUUGAGGAGGAUGCAGUUCAAGAAUAUGAUGAUGCCCUGCCUAACAUGGAAACCCCACGCAGGCCAGCCAGUGGUAGGAAGGUUUUGGAUAUCGAGGUGUACUCUAGUCGCUCUAAAGUGUAUGUGGCAGUGGAUGGCACUACUGUGCUGGAGGAUGAGAUGAGGGAGCAGGGCAGAGGCAUACAUGUUAUAGUUUUAAAUCAGGCCACUGGUCAUGUUAUGGCCAAAAGAGUGUUUGAUACUUAUUCUCCCCAUGAGGAUGAAGCCAUGAUCCUCUUCCUCAACAUGGUCACACGUGGCAGAAUCCUCAUCUUCACUAUUAAGGAUGAGGGGACUUUCCACUUGAAGGAUUCAGCGAAGAAUCUUCUCAAAGGUUUGGGAAGUCAGGCAGCAGUUACCUUAGGCUGGAGGGAUAUGUGGACUCAGGUUGUGAAGAAAGGAGGUCAAGUUUAUGGGGAGAAGCACUCCAAGUCUCCUGCUCUGUCCACUUGGGGUGAUCCUGUGCUGCUGAAGACUGAGGUCCAGCUGACAGCUUCUGAAGAGGCUGAGUGCCAUUGGGCAGACACUGAGCUGAACCGCCGGAGAAAACUUUUCUGCAGUAAAGUGGAAGGAUAUGGGAGCAUUUGUAGUUGCAAAGAUCCAGCCCCUAUAGAGUUUAAUCCUGACCCACUGCCUAACAACAAUGUCUACAACAUCCCAGUAGCUGUUAUAGCUGGAAAUAGACCAAACUAUCUCUAUAGAAUGCUACGCUCUCUUCUUUCCUCCCAUGGUGUCAAUCCACAGAUGAUCACUGUUUUCAUUGAUGGAUACUAUGAGGAACCUAUGGAUGUGGUGGAUCUCUUCGGUCUUAAAGGAGUUCAGCAUACGCCUAUCAGUAUUAAAAACGCUAGAGUGUCACAGCACUACAAAGCCAGCUUGACUGCAACAUUUAAUCUGCAUCCAGAUGCAGAUUUUGCCAUUGUCCUGGAGGAGGACCUGGACAUUUCCAUAGAUUUUUUCAGCUUUCUCAGUCAGACCAUCCAUUUGUUGCGUGAUGAUGACAGUCUGUACUGCAUUUCAGCGUGGAAUGACCAAGGCUACGAGCACACGGCAGAGGAUCCAUCUUUGUUGUACAGAGUGGAAAGUAUGCCUGGCCUUGGCUGGGUGCUUAAAAAAAGCCUUUACAAGGAUGAACUGGAACCCAAAUGGCCAACUCCUGAGAAGCUAUGGGACUGGGACAUGUGGAUGCGGAUGCCAGAACAGAGGAAGGGGAGAGAGUGUGUCAUUCCUGAUGUCUCCCGCUCUUAUCACUUUGGCAUCAUUGGCUUAAAUAUGAAUGGUUACUUCCAUGAAGUUUACUUUAAAAAACACAAGUUCAACACUAUUCCGAAUGUUCAGAUGAAAAAUGUAGAUAGCUUGAAGAAAGAUGCUUAUGAGAUUGAAAUCCAAAACCUACUCCGUGAGGCUGAGGUUCUGGACCACAGUAAAAACCCAUGUGAAGACUCAUUUAUCCCAGACACUGAGGGAAAGACCUUUGUAAUGUUCAUCAAAAUGGAGCUGGAGACAGAUACAAACACCUGGACAGAACUGGCAAAGUGCCUGCACGUGUGGGACCUGGAUGUACGAGGUUAUCACAAAGGACUCUGGAGGCUCUUCAGAAAGAAGAACCAUGUCCUGGUAGUUGCUGUUCCAAUCUCCCCGUACUCUGUUAAGAAGCCCAAUAAUGUCACUCCCAUUCACCUGGAGCCAGCACCGAAAGAGGAGGGACCUCCUGUGGAACAGAUUUAAAACCCUGCUAAUCCCACCCAAAGGGCCUUUCCUAACCACUAACAGACAAGGCCUAUGUCAGGCCGAUAAUAGGCCUUAUGUUGCUCUCUAAGGCUAUUGCAAGACAAAAGUAUUGGAUGAACCAUCCUGUGCUGGUAGCCUCUGAACUACAGGCUCUUUGAAACUAGUACGAUAUGAGUGUGGAUUUCUAACAACGGUGUGUGACGUGACCUUCUCUUGUUGUUGGUAUGUAUUUUGCAUUGGGAGCAUUUCCUGAGGUCAUGAAAUUUCAUGAGUUUAUGCUGGAAAGUUUGACUUUAGUAAAGAAUUGAUAGAUGUUUUAAAGCAUUACCAGUGCUGGUUUGAGUUCCUGAAUGUGACAGCAGAUUACGUCAAAUCAGGAUACUGCAAAAAGGGAUUCAAGCUGAUUUAACUUUUUUUUUUUUUUUUUUUUUUUUUAGUGCUUUGGGCCGUCCUGCACAUACGUUUUAACAUGUCUAUUUAUUUUGUCAAUAUCAAGAUAACUGCAGGUUUAUUUUUACCUAAUGAAUUCACUUUUACACAAGAAAAAUGCAUUAAGAAAUAAAAGGCUUAAAUUUGAUUACAAAUGAGCUAUGUACAGACAUAUAUAUGUACAGACAUAUAUAUUUUUAGAACAAAAGAUUAUGAUCAUAUUUUUAUUAGUUUGAGAUUUUUAGUGGCUGAAAACAUACAAGCAGUAUCCCUGUACAACACAUAAUGACCUUUAUUGGACUGCACAGUCUUUAUGAUUGUUUUUUUUUUUUUGUUUGUUUGUUUUCAAUGUCUUUCCAGCAAGAUUUAAGAAUUGUCUUUCACAGAGAAUGAUGGUUGAUGCUGCUUAUUUGAGAUCUUUAUGUCACAGCCACUAAAGAACCUUACAUGAGCAGAGUGGAGGUUUAACACUUGAAAUCAAUGCAAGUUUGGUUGCAUCAUAGAUCUACCCUGUGUUAACGUGAGUUUCUGUAAGUGAAGAUGUGAUGAAAAAUUGAUUUCUCAUGCAAUAAUGUCCAAAUCAUUUCAUGGAGGAGAUUUCAGAUUUGAUUGCUGUGGGUUUCAGUGAUCAGUGCUAAAAUCACUACUGAUAUUUUAUUUGAUGCCACUAAACAUUUUCAUAAUAUCUGGAAUGUGCAAUAUCAAAAUAGAAAUGUUUGUCAUCUCAACAUAGUAUUGUAGACUCAAGUUUGCAGAGGUUGUGUCUAAUAUGUCAGAUUAUCCAGCAGUUUUGUAUUUUAAGUAGUUAAAAUUGAUUGGUUUUCUUGUAUAAAAUAAAACUGUUUUCUUACUUUUUC